AGUAUCCUGCCAAGAGUCCUCCCUGACCACCAGAAGUUCCACCUCACCAUCAAGAAAGGCCCUGGUCCAGGAUGUGCAAGGUGUGAUGAAAUCACAGGGCUGGGGAAGGUCAGCUCGGGGUCACAAGAAGCCUGAUGGACAGGAAAGAGCAUGAAAGCCCCAGCCAGCCUCACCUGUGUGGCUGGGAGGACUCACAGAAACCCUCUGUACCCAAUCAUGGGCCAAAGACACCGUCAUGCAAGGGGGUGAAGGCUCCACACCUGUCCCUGUCCCGGGCGUGGAAGCAGGACCGUGAGCAGUCUCUGGCAGCAGCCUAUGUGCCGGUCGUGGUGGACUCUAAGGGGCAGAAUCCGGACAAGCUCAGAUUCAAUUUCUACACCUCCCAGUACUCCAACUCCCUGAACCCCUUCUACACUUUGCAGAAGCCUACCUGUGGCUACCUGUACCGCCGGGACACUGACCACACCCGCAAGCGCUUUGAUGUGCCUCCUGCCAACUCGGUCUUGUGGCGCUCCUAGGCCUGAGCCAAAUAGAAGCCCCCCGACCCUUCACCCUCACCCCUGUGACCUCAGGUCCCCAAGGGGAAAGGCUGCUCACUGCAGGAGGAGCGACCUGUAUUCGGGAUAAGACAGCUGUGCCAUGCCCACCUAUCGACAAUGAUAAAGGGAGGUCUCUCUUCCCAGCAGCA